AUGAGCUUGUUCCAUAAGUUAUAUCGAACAGUUUUUGUAUCUUUAUUAUUUGCGAUACGGGUUCACGCUGUUUAUUCCGAUGAAGCGUUUCAGUCAGAUUGGCAAUGGACAAAUAUCGGUGAUUACAGGUGUGUACUUGGUAAAGGAAAUGAUUCUUUGACGAUAUUAUCGGACUUAGAUGGCAGGUCUUUAUUAUCAUUUGUUAAUUCCACUAACGGUGAUGUUAUUUUAAGGCAACGUUUGGAAUUCCAUGUUGAAGAUAUUAUGUCAUUGGACGGUGGUUCGAAACUUGCUUUAAAAACUAAUGACGAAAUCAGGGUUCUUGAUGCUGGAAUGGGGGUUAUAGUUGAUAGUGAAGUUGAAAGUUUUGAGUCUUCAUGUAUUGUUGAUCUAAGCAAAGUUGCCAUUGAAAACAAUGCCGUUAAGAUCUUCGGCAAUGGUCUAACGAACGCAGCGGUUUUUGAAGUUCCUUUGCCACAGGGUUUCAGGGAGAUCAAGUAUUUGGAAACAGAUAACUUGGAUAAUCUUUCUAUUAUGUUCUCUACAGAGGACGAUAUCUACUAUUACAGGGAGUUUACCGACGGUGAAUUCUAUACUUCAUGGGUUAGAGAUGAAUCGGCUAGUACAAUUGUUGCAUACACUUAUAUUUCCGAGAUCGAUGAUGACACUAACAAUGUAUACGAGGAAUUGAACACGGAAAGUACGUUAAACAUAUUUCAAGCUUACUGGUAUCGUUUGAACCAAAAUUGGAGGAGGCUCUUAAAGUUCCUGAAAAAUACUAACAAAACUCCAGGCUCCAUUGUCACUCACAUGUUAAAGGAUGAUGACGAGGAUGAUUUAUGGAGACGUGACCUGGAGUUUGGGCAGAUUAAGAGUUUGAUAUUAGCAACAGGAGCUGGUAAUAUUAUUGCCAUUGACAUGAAAACUGGUGAUAAGCAAUGGUCACUUCCUACUGGCGUGUCUGGUAUCACUGGUUUAGAAGCAGUUAAGGGAGAUACUGAGCUGAUACUGUUUACAAAAGAAGGAAUAGUAGCUAAAGUAGAUAUAACAAAUCAUCAAGCACCAAUUAUAAACUCUGAAAGGAUACAUAUCCCAAAUGAGAAGGUAUUCCGUUUGGGUGACUCUGACGACUUCUUCUUCCAAGCACCAAAACCAACUCUUUUACUAGCAGAAAAAUCCUCUAAUCUUGAUAAUACGAUUAUUGUGGGACACGAUAAAAAGUCUUUGGCUGCUUAUUCAGUCACUAAUGGAGAGUUGUUCAAGACAUGGAAAAUACAUGUUGAGCCUGAGGAGGAGGUUGUGGCUUUCGCAUCCAGGUACGACGAGGUGAUAAUGAAUAUUGGUAAAGUUCUCGGGAACAGAAGUGUGAUGUACAAGUAUCUAAACCCCAACUUGGCAUCUUAUAUUGUGGCGAAUAAGAAGGCGAAUUAUAUGACUGUCAACAUUAUCGACACUGUAACCGGGGAACUGAUUCACAGUGUUUACCAUGACGAAGGAAUUGUUUUAGAUGAGCCAAUAAAUUUAGUUUUUGGAGAACAUUGGGUAAUAUACUCAUAUUUCAGUAACGUACCAAUUGCUGAACAAAGAAUUUCAGUGAUUGAAUUAUACGAGUCUUCGCAGCCUAAUGUGAGAACUUCAAACUCAUCUGUAGUACAGGACUCAUUAAGAAAUUCCCAUAAACCGCAUGUCAUAUCACAAUCGUUCUUUUACCCAGAGGUAAUAAAACAUAUGUUAUUGUCCAGGACUAAAUACGGUGUUACCACAAAGGCCAUUAUUCUCGAAUUGGAGAAUGGGCAAAUAACGUACCUUCCGAAGUUUAUUCUAAAUGCAAGACGCGUGGAAGCAUCUAAGAUGUCAGAAUCAGAUAAGAGGGAAUUCAUGGCAAUGCCAUACAUUUCAAAUAUUCCAUUGGACGACAAGCUUGUACUCACGCAUUCCAGGAUGAUGAUUAACGGGAAAUCAUCCAAACUAAUUUCUAUACCCACAAACCUUGAGUCUACAUCAUUUUUAUGCAGUUUGAGCCAUGAUAUAUUCUGCACGAGAAUAGCUCCUUCAUCUCAGUUUGACACCUUAUCUCCUAGUUUUGAGAAAGGUAAACUUUUGGCUACUAUCGUUGCCAUUAUAACAGUUUGUUAUUUCUUAAACCCAAUAGCUGAAACGAAAAAACUUAAAACGAAAUGGUUGGUUAAAGAUUUCUCUUACUGA